GGGAGACAUAGUCUUCCCAACAUGUCCUGGGUCUUCCCCGUGGCCUCCUAGGGAGGCGUUCGGGUGGCAUCCUGACCAGAUGCCCGAACCACCUCAUCUGGCUCCUCUCCAUGUGGAGGAGCAGCGGCUUUACUUUGAGUUCCUCCCGGAUGGCAGAGCUUCUCACCCUAUCUCUAAGGGAGAGACCCGCCACCCGACAGAGGAAACUCAUUUGUGCCGCUUGUACCCGUGAUCUCGUCCUUUUGGUCAUAACCCAAAGUUCAUGACCAUAGAUGAGGAUGGGAACGUAGAUCGACUGGUAAAUUGAGAGCUUUGCUUACCGGCUCAGCUCCUUCUUCACCACAACGGAUCGAUACAGCGUCCGCAUUACUGAAGACGCCGCACCGAUCCGCCUGUCGAUCUCACCAUCCACUCUUCCCUCACUCGUGAACAAGACUCUGAGGUACUUGAACUCCUCCUCUUGGGGCAGGGUCUCCUCCCCGACCCGGAGAUGACACUCCACCCUUUUCUGGGCGAGAACCAUGGACUCGGACUUGGAGCUGCUGAUUCUCAUCUCAGUGGCUUCAUACUCGGCUCCAAACCGAGUUCGUUUUCAAUUGCACUGUUCCAAAAUUGACCGUGAGUAGAAAACUUAAACGCCACUUCUCUUUCUUUUCAUGAAAUAAUUACAAUCUUAUAUGAUAUGACAAGGGCAGCACAGUGGAACAGGGGUUAGUGCAUCUACCUCACAAUACGAAGGUCCUGAGUAGUCCUGGGUUCAAUCCCGGGCUCGGAAUAUUUCUGUGUGGAGUUCGCAUGUUGAUUUAUUGGUUGAUUGAUUAAGCCUCAUCUUAAAACUUAUUUUUAUACGCUAGCCUUUAAAUAGACCCCCUUUUUAGACCAGUUGAUCUGCCAUUUAUUUUCUUUUUCUCCUAUGUCCCCCCCUCCCUUGUGGAGGGGGUCCGGUCAGGUGGCCAUGGAUGAAGUACUGGCUGUCCAAAAUCGGGACCAAAGAUGAACUGCUCGUCUAUGUAUGGGUUGGGGACAUCUCUGCGCUGCUGAUCUGCCUCCGCUUGGGAUGGUUUCUUGCUGGCUCCACUUUGGAUGGGACUCGCUACUAUAUUGGAUCCACUUUGGACUUGAUUCUCACGGCUAUGUUAGAUCCACUAUGGAUUGGACUUUCACAAUAUCAUGUUAGAUCCGCUCGAUAUCCAUUUCUUUCGGUCCCCUGGGGGGGUUUGCCCACAUAUGUGGUCCUCUCCAAGGUUUCUCAUAGUCAUCAUGGUUGAUGUCCCACUGGGGUGAGUUUUUCCUUGCCCUUAUGUGGGCUCUAUCGAGGAUGUCUUUGUGGUUUGUGCAGCCCUUUGAGACACUUGUGAUUCAGGGCUAUAUAAAUAAACAUUGAUUGAUUGAUUGAUACUUUUAUUAGUAGAUUGCACAGUACAGUACAUAUUCCCUACAAUUGACCACUAAAUGGUAACACCCCAAUAAGUUUUUCAACUUGUGUAAGUCGGGGUCCACGUUAAUCGAUUCAUGGUCUCCUUGUGUUCUCCCGUGACUGCCUGGGUUCCCUCCGGGUACUCUGGCUUCCUUCCACCUCCAAAGACAUGCACCUGGGCAUAGGCCCCUCCCACCUCCAAAGACAUGCACCUGGGGAUAGGCCCCUCCCACCUCUAAAGACAUGCACCUGCGGAUAGGCAACACUAAAUGGUCCCUAGUGUGUGAAUGUUGUCUAUCUGUGUUGGCCUUGUGAUGAGGUGGUGACUUGUCCAGGGUGUACGCCGCCUUCCGUCCGAAUGCAGGUGACAUAGGCUCCAGCGACCCCUUGCAACCCCAAAAGGGACAAGCGGUAGUAAAUGGAUGGAGGAUAUGACCAACCUGUUCUGUCAGUUUGACCCAUUCAGUGACAUUUUGGAAAGCAGAUAAGGUAUUAUAUUGUCACACACCAAAGUAUGCCUGCUGAACGUCGGCGCUCAAUAAACAUGGACGAGAAAGAUGUGGCCUCCUUCAGUGCCAAGGACAAAGAGAAAGACAAAGAUGGGGAGAGGAAACCAGCACCGCCGCGGGACAAAGCAAAAGACGAGGCCAAGAUGAGCAGCAAAAAAGACGGCGGAAAAGACGAGAAGAGGAAGCGCGUGGAGGAGGAAAAGAAGAAGAAAGAGGAGAAGGAGCGAAGAAAGAAGGAGGAAGAGAAACAGAAAGCAGAGGAAGAUCAGAAGCAGAAAGAAGAGGAGGAGAAGAAGCAGCAAGAGGAGCAGGAGAGGAAGCUUCAAGAGGAGGAGACCAAGAGGCAACGGGAGGAGGAAGCAGCUCUCCUGAAAGAACAGGAAGAGGGCCAUCAUCUGCACCAGGAGGCCUGGGAGCGCCACCACACCAGGAAGGAACUGCGCAGCAGGAACCAGAAUGCCCACGAGGCUCGGCCCGAAGAAGCCUUCUUCAGCCGACUGGACUCCAGUCUGAAAAAGAACACUGCCUUUGUCAAGAAGCUGCGCACGCUCACUGAACAGCAGCGCGACUCGCUCUCCAACGAUUUUGCCUCCCUCAACCUGAGCAAGUACAUCGGUGAGGCGGUAAGCUCCGUCGUGGAGGCCAAGCUGAAGAUCUCGGACGUGGGCUGCUCCGUCCACCUGUGCUCCCUCUUCCAUCAGCGGUACGCCGAGUUUGCUCCGCUACUUCUGCAGGCCUGGAAGAAGCACUUUGAGGCCAGGAAGGAAGACAAAGCGCCCAACGUAAGCAAGUUGCGCACAGACUUGCGUUUCUUGGCCGAGCUCACCAUCGUGGGAUUCUUCACCGACAAAGAGGGUCUGUCCCUCAUAUACGAGCAGCUGAAGAACAUUAUCAACACCGAUCGCGAGACGCACACUCACGUGUCGGUGGUGAUCAGCUUCUGUAAGCACUGUGGCGACGAUAUCGCCGGCCUGGUGCCCCGCAAGGUGAAGGUGGCUGCUGAGAAGUACAAGCUGACCUUUCCUCCCAGUGAGAUCAUCAACACGGAGAAGCAGCAGCCCUUCCAGAACCUUCUGCGGGAGUACUUCACAUCCCUCACUAAACACCUGAAGAAGGAUCACAGAGAGCUGCAGAACAUUGAAAGGCAGAACAGGCGCAUCUUACAUUCCAAAGGGGAGCUGAGUGAAGACCGCCACAAACAGUACGAGGAGUUUGCAACCUCCUAUCAGAAGCUUUUGGCCAACACUCAGUCGUUGGCUGAUCUGCUGGAUGAAAACAUGCCAGAGUUACCUCAGGACAAGACCGUGCAGGAAGAGCACGGUCCUGGCAUUGACAUUUUCACCCCUGGUAAGCCGGGAGAGUACGACCUGGAAGGUGGGAUCUGGGAAGACGAAGACGCUCGGAACUUCUAUGAGAACCUGGUGGACCUGAAGGCUUUUGUUCCCGCCAUCCUCUUCAAGGACAACGAGAAGGGUGGCCAGGCCAAGGACAAGGAUGAUGCCAAAGACGGCAAGGAGGCCCCCAGCACCACGGAGGAGCUGGAGCUGGAACUGGAGGCUCUGGAUAUCGCAGAUGAGCCUCUAGAACUAGAGGGAGCCGAUGAAGCAGAGAGUGAAGAACUGGCCAAAAAGCUGAUGGAUGAGCAGGAGCAAGAGGAUGAGGAGGCCAACACCGGAUCUCACUUGAAGCUGAUUGUGGACGCCUUCAUCCAGCAGCUUCCUAACUGUGUGAACCGUGACCUCAUCGACAAGGCCGCCAUGGACUUCUGCAUGAACAUGAACACCAAAUCCAACAGGAGAAAGCUGGUGCGAGCACUCUUCACUGUGCCCAGGCAGAGGUUGGAUCUUCUGCCUUUUUACUCUCGCCUGGUGGCCACUCUUCAUCCCUGUAUGUCUGACGUGGCCGAAGACCUGUGCUCCAUGCUGAAGGGAGACUUCCGCUUUCACAUUCGCAAGAAGGACCAGAUCAACAUUGAGACGAAAAAUAAGACGGUUAGGUUUAUUGGAGAGCUGGCCAAGUUCAAGAUGUUCAUGAAGACAGACACUCUUCAUUGUCUCAAGAUGCUGCUGUCAGAUUUCACCCAUCACCAUGUGGAGAUGGCCUGCACCCUGCUGGAGACAUGCGGCCGCUUCCUCUUCAGGUCCCCCGACUCUCAUCUGCGCACCAGCGUCCUGCUGGAGCAAAUGAUGCGCAAAAAGCAGGCGCAACAUCUGGAUGCCCGCUAUGUGACAAUGGUGGAGAACGCUUACUACUACUGCAACCCCCCACCCAUUGAGAAGACAGUGAAGAAGAGGCGGCCGCCGCUGCAGGAGUACAUUCGCAAGCUGCUUUACAAGGACCUGUCCAAGGUCACCACGGAGAAGGUGCUCAGGCAGAUGCGCAAGCUGUCCUGGCAGGACCCGGAAGUCAAGAGCUACCUGAUCUGCUGCAUGGUCAACAUAUGGAACGUCAAGUACAACAGCAUUCACUGUGUGGCCAACCUCCUGGCUGGCCUGGUGGCCUACCAGGAGGACGUGGGCAUCCACGUGGUGGACGGGGUCCUGGAGGACAUUCGCUUGGGCAUGGAGGUCAACCAGCCCAAAUUCAACCAGCGCCGCAUCAGCAGCGCAAAGUUCCUUGGCGAGCUGUACAACUACCGCAUGGUGGAGUCAGCCGUCAUCUUCCGCGCCCUCUUCUCCUUCAUCUCCUUUGGUGUCAACCAGGAUGGCAGCCCGAGCACGCUGGACCCCCCUGAGCACCUCUUCCGCAUCCGACUGGUGUGCACGCUGCUCGACACCUGCGGGCAGUACUUUGACCGCGGCUCCAGCAAGAGGAAGCUUGAUUGUUUCCUUAUCUACUUCCAGCGCUACAUCUGGUGGAAGAAGAGUGUGGACACUUGGACAAAAGAGCACCCCUUCCCCAUCGACAUCGACUACAUGAUUACCGACACUCUGGAGCUGUUGCGGCCCAAAAUGAGACUGAGCUGCUCCCUGGAGGAGGCCAGCCGGGAGGUGGCCGACCUGGAGAAGGAACUGCUGGUCAAACUAGGAAUGGCCAUGGAGAAGGACGGCCGCUCCAGUGCCAUGAGUGAAGGGGAGGGCCUCGAUGAGGACGACGAUGAUGGUGAUGAAGACGAGGAGGGAGGCGCUGAGACUGAGGAGCAGUCGGGCAACGAGAGCGAAAUGAACGAAGCCGAGGAUGACGUAAGCCCCUCAUUUCAGCGUACCACCGCCGGCAGGCUCGUCAGCGCCCCUUUUCCUUUUUCCACACAGGAGGCGUCUGAAAAUGAAGAGGAGGAGAGGGAGGAAGAAGAGGAGGACAACACCGACUAUCUGACUGACUCCAACAAGGAGAACGAGACUGAUGAGGAGAGCAAUGAGGUGACCCUACGUGGCGGUGGACUGAAGCACGUGGCGUGUGCCGAGGACGAAGACUUUAUUCAGGCGUUGGACAAGAUGAUGUUGGAGAACCUGCAGCAGCGCAGCGGUGAGACGGUGAAGGUGCACCAGCUGGACGUGGCCAUUCCUCUGCAGCUGAAGAGCCAGUUGAAGAAGGGAGGAUCCAGCCAGCCGUGCAUCAGCGAGGGCGACAGCGAGCUCUCAGAAACCAUGCAGUUUGUCAUGCUCACGCGCAAGGGAAACAAGCAGCAGUACAAGAUCUUGAACGUGCCGUUGUCGUCCCACCUGGCGGCCAACCACUUCAACCAGCAGCAGGCCGAACAGGAAGAGCGCAUGAGGAUGAAGAAGCUCACCCUGGACAUCAACGAGCGUCAAGAGCAGGAAGACUACCAGGAGAUGCUGCAAUCCCUCGCUCAACGUCCAGCGCCGGCUAACACCAACCGCGAGCGGCGGCCCCGCUACCAGCACCCAAAAGGCGCCCCCAAUGCUGACCUCAUCUUCAAGACCGGAGGAAGGAGACGCUGAUGAGUCCUGAGCUGAAAGAGCAACAGAGCGAAGGAGCAAAGAAGAAGAGGGAGAAGAUCGGCGGGAAACCCGUCGGGCGGGGGGUCCUCCAGACACCCACUGAUGCCGGGACAGAGUUAACCCCUGGCCUGAACACACACCCUCGCCCUCCUGCGGGCCCUGAGGAGGACAGACCAAUGUGGGACCCGGGGUCAGACCCAUGUCACUCUUUCUUCUGGUCUGUUGCCCGAGAUGACAAACUACUAAGAGGACUUAACAUGUGGCGGCCUAUUGGGGGGACGGGAGACGGACAGGAAGUUACGAUUGUGGUCAUUGCGCCAAACAGGGAGAAGAAGUAAGGACAAGCUUGACAUGAAACGUCUUCUUUGUUUUGGGGACCCUUGCAGUGAACUUGCCAACAAAUGUGAGCGUCGUUGACGUGAGGCUGUGACGACUUCUGAGUAGCGUUUUCUUCCUCCUGUUCCACUCUCAUCUGACCCGAAGCUAGCAAACGGCGCUUAACUGUACAGACCCUAUCAAAAGUAGUUUCAUUGGAGUAAUAAAGCUCAUUUCUAAAGGUUGAACAAUAAAGUUACCCUAUACAUACAUAUAUACUAAUAUUAGUGUAUAUUUAUUAUGGAUUACAGUACUUCCGUUUUCAUAACUUCAGUAUCCUGGAGAGCAGUGUUAGCUAAAGAACAAGCAGCAAGAUGGCUAACAUCAUAUUUUCUUUAAUGAGGCCUCACAAAACACCUCAAAGUGGAAAAAGAACAGUGGAACAAGAGUGACUUAAUGAACUGACUUUGCAUUUUUGUCUUUUUAAGUUAUGGUGUUGGACAGUAUUCACCCUGCUUCGUUAAUAAGGCGGCGGUCUGAGCUCCUCCUUCGGAUGCUGUCCCGUAGGUAAGGUGAAUACACUCUGUGCUUGUGAGUGUGUGCUAGUCAAGUGUCAGACUCAUGUUUGGACUCAGUCUGGAUUGGCAGUGAGCGAGAGAAGCAGGUCUGUCGACGAGAGAGGGGUGCGCCUGUUUGUCCAAAGUCUAAUUACAAGGCAGCUAACACAAGUAUUUGCUCAUUUCCUGCCUGGCGUCUACUGCAAACGCUGCCCGACAAACGUACGACAACAUACUGACUUGAGAUGCAGAAGCGGUAACUGAACUGCCAGCAGAAAAGACAAAACUGACCAAUGACACCAAGACAGAUUAGCUCACUGCUGAAUGUCCCCACGUUGAUCCUCAUCUGAAUCUAAGUGUUUUCACACUUCACAUCAUGGACAUGACGGAUUAGAUGGAUCAAAACCUUAGGUGAGUCCUGCAGUCAAACCUGUUGGAUUUGAACUUGUGAUCCUGGCCAAAUAUUCCACAGACUGAGCCAAUCAUUGAGCAGGCUGCUCAUUCUUCACAUUCCACAGUCCCUCAAAGCACAACAGCCACAAGCAAGUCACAUGAUGCGCUUUAAUGAUUGACACACAUUCAACACGAGCUGAAUACAUUAUUAUGUACAUAACACAUGUUAGAUAGUAUUAACGUAUAGUACAGUAGAUGGGUAUGCACCAGCAGAUACUUCAUAGUAACUGUAGAUGAGCUACAGAGAACCGGAGUCUUAAAAAAAAAAAAAAUCACAAGAUUGUAAAACCCUGCGAACGCAAAAAUAUACUUCAUAAGUGACUGUAGCCGAACUA